CCCUCCCCGGAAAAAAAUUUGUCUGAAGUCCUCUUGUUUGAAAAGUGGUUGGAGCAAGCCCUCGCCGGAGGGCGGAGCUCCGGCGAGUGCAUGUGUGGCUUGGUGACUAGGAUUAAUGAACCCACGUGGCAUUAAAAAAUAAAUAAAAAAUAAAAAUCAAAUUACAACUCAGAAUUUUAAACCUAAUUAACCUAUUUCUAAUUAACCCUAACUUAAUUAACCAAAAACUAAUUCCCCCCUCCCCCUCCCCCAAACUUAACCCAAUUCACACCAAAUCAACCCUACCCCCAAAUCAACCCAAUCCCAAUCUGAAGAAACAAAGUUCUCCUUCCUCGUAAGUUUACCCUAAGUUUCGUUCUUCCCCUACCAUCGAAUUCUCCGUCACCGUUCGUGUUCUCGCCGGUUCUCUUGCUCAGGCUCAGUCGCCGCUCAUUGUGGUGUCCACUUCUGGUGCUUCUUCAAAGAUGGUUUUUACACUGGUUGUGCGACAUGGUGGUUGGUUUGGAAGUAGUCCUUACUGGCAUUACUUCGGUGGUGCCAAAAGUCAGUUCCAUGAUCUUGAUGAGUCUAAAUGGUCCUACUCUAAGACUGUGGAAAUUGUCAAAGGUCUUGGCUACAAAGAGUUUGAUUUACUAUGGCUUCCUGAUGAGGAUGUUGACUGGCAUGUUUUCAGGAAUUACACAACAGAUAUGGAUGCCAAGGAAUUUGCUAAAUAUGCAGUUGGAAAUGACCAUGAAUGUGUUAUAUUUGUGGACAAUCUAUCCAAAGACCCUCCCACUCUACCUACUGCAGUAAAGGAAAAGAAGAAAGAUGCCAACAAGAAUGUUAAGGUACAAAAACUAAGGGUGAGAAAGUCAGGUAGGUUGCAAGCAAUAGUGAAACAAGGAAAAAAUAAGGGACCUCCUGAAGUUGUAGAGUUAUCUGAUGAUGAGCAAUUUCCUAAUGAAGUUGCAAUGCUGCAAAAUGAAACUGUUCUCCCUGAACCUGUUCUCCCUGAAACUGUUAUCUCUGAAACUGUUCUCCCUGAACCUGUUCUCCUUGAAGCUGUGAUUCCUGAACCCGUUAUCCCUGAUGUUGUGGACCCUGAAGUUGCAGUUCCUGAAGUAGUAGAUGGGGUAGAUGGUGAUAAAGCUGGUGAGGAUAUCCAGGAAGAAGAAAAUGAUGAUUCUGAUGUUUCUGAAGUUGAUAGGGUCGAUGAUAGUGAAGAAAAAAGGGAUUUAGAAAAUGUGGAGGAAGUUACAAACCCAGGAUUUGCUCAGGCUGAGUCCCUAUUGAAUGAGCACAUUACUCAAAUGCUUCAACAAACUGCAGCAGAUAAUGAUGAUGGGGAAAAGAGAGAUGAGACAGAUUUGUGUGGAGGCUAUGAGAGUGAGGACCUUGAAAGUGUCCCCACUGAUAGUGAGCAGGAAGGGAUUCCUAGGAGAAGGUUUGAAAGAUUCAAUGAGGAUGACAUGGGCCCAGAUUUCAAAUUCACAUUGGGUAUGGAGUUCAUAUCACUUACACAGUUCAAGGAUGCCCUCACUGACUACUGUACGAAAAAUAACAGGGAAUAUAAAUUCAAGAAGAAUGACAGUAAGAGAUGCAGGGUUGUAUGCUUGAGUGAUGGCUGUCCAUUUGUGAUCUUAUGUAGCAAAGUUGGAAACAAACAGACUUAUAGAAUCAAAACUCUUAAGGGAGAGCACACGUGUGCAAGGGUUUUUGAUAAUAAAUCUGCCAAUUUUAGGGUUUAG